AUGGCAACAUCAUUAACAAAUUCUACAACAAGAAAAUCUAUUCUUAUUAUUAAAUCUCCGGAAAGUUCAAUAAGAAAAUCGACAUCACGAAAUGUUCAUUUUGUUCCAGACAUAAUUAUCAACGAUGAUGAUCAGAUUACAAUGCCCAUUCAAGAUUCAUUAACAAUACAAUCAACAAAAAAUCAAAUACGAAAAUUAUCAUCAUCCACAAUGACAAAAUCAAUGAGAAAAAUAAAAAUUAAUCAGCGAACAUAA